AUGACAGGGAGCGUGGAUGAGCAGGUGGGCGCGUCGCAGGCCAGCAGCACUAUUACGGAAGAUGAAAAGGAGGUGUACGAUCGGCAGAUACGUCUGUGGGGACUGGAAGCGCAGAACAGGCUGCGAAAUUCUACGGUGUUGAUUGCUGGCCUCUCAGGCUGCGGGGGCGAAGUAGCGAAAAAUCUGGUGCUGGCAGGCUUGAAAUCCCUGACUUUACUCGACAGUCAUAACGUAAGUGAAACUUUUUUGCGAUUUCCGCUUUCUGUUAUGGCGCUUCCUCUGGGCUCCCUUGAUGAAUUCGUUGCUGCUGCCAAGAUGCCGUUGUGUGAUUAUCACUAG